AUGAAGUACCAAGACUUUGGACACAUUGUGUACACCUGUCCUCGUGAUAAGACAGAAUUCAAUGAAUCGGCCACCAGACUUAGCUGUGGGGUGGACGAAAACGGACGUAAUCAGUAUGUCUGUGCCCCAAAUAACGAGCAGUCAGCCCUUGUGGAAUUCUGUUACAGGCACCUAAUUGGUCUUUAUCAAAAAGGUCAGUACCACGGUUACUCGUGGGAUAUCAAAAGUCUGCUCUAUUGCAUACUGUUACUGGACGACUACACUUUUAAGGUCUCUGAUAUUUCUCAUAAAAGUCUACUGAAGAAGAUCAGAGAACGAUACUGUGCAAAAGAAGCUAUAUCUAAAGAUUUUGAUUCAAUACUUCUUCCUAAUGAUUGCGUAAAAACACAAAGCAAUACCGUGGCAUUUCUAACGGAAGACAUCCGACAUGACGUAAUGUACGCAUUUGCGACAGAGUGUCUGGUGGAGGACAGUGAUCUGGAGUUUUUCCUGACUACGGGGUCUAGUCGUGUACUAUCGGAAUAUUGUAGGUCGUGGAAUUAUAAGAGAAAGGAAAAAGAAAGGUGCAUUUAUAUACCAAAUAGGCCGAGGGAUCUGUACGAAUUUUUCAUUGAUAAACUACAGCUUGACAUCAUCAAACACUGCACUGUUUCGGAUCAAAGUAUUCAUAGCAAGAUCUGUGAAUGUUUGAAAGUCCCAGAAGAAAUACUACAAUGGGACCAAGAAGCCCGGGAACAGUACGUUGAGUGCGCUAUGAGAGGAAUACAUACGGUCCACCAUGCCAGGGGGAUGAUAGUAGGUUGUGCACAAGCUGGAAAAACCACGCUCCUGAAACGUCUGAUAGGGUGUAGUAAGAGGGAGAUUCUGAAUAUCACCCCAACAGAAGGAUUGGAGGUCCACGAAAAGAUACUUGAGAUUUGUGAGGAAAAUGAUACUAAAUCUCUUAAAGCUACAUCAUCGUCUGAAAAUGUAGUUGAUCAUCACAGAAAAACCUUGAGUUUCUUUGACUUUGGAGGACAGUGUGCGUAUUAUGCCUGUCAUCAGAUCUAUCUAACAAAGAGAGCCUUCUAUAUUGUUGUGGUAGACGCCUCAAAGAACCUUGAUGAUAAAGUAAAUGAGAACGUGUGCGAUCAAAAAGGAACUUUGUUCUCUGAAUGGACGUACGGUGACUACUUCGUAUUUUGGCUGAAGUCCAUACACACAUACUGCGGAGCAGAAACUGGAAAAACACUUCAACGAAGAAUUAUCAUCGUAGCAACACACUGGGAUAACAAACAUUACAAGAACGAAGCUAAAUUUCUAGAAGCUCUGCAAAGCAAGAUUCCUAGAGAUUCGCAUUUACUACAAUACGUACGGAGGAAGAGUUGCUUUUUCAUUAAGUUUUCUCUCAAAAGGAACAAUUGCAGCGUUUUAAAACAGUUUUAUCUAGAACCUUUGGAUAAUUUAAAAGAGCAUAUCAUAGACAUUAUCUCAGAGGAAAAGUGGGAGCUGAAGAUACCGAGAGAGUGGGCCUUAUUAGAUAUAAAAUUCAAUCAAAGAAAAAAUAAAUGGAAAAUCUUGAAAGAGCAGGAUAUUGAAAUGAAGACUCAGAAAGAAAGUUUACAAGAUUACACUCAAAAGCAGAUAUCUAAGAAGACUAUGCUACGGUACUUUCACGACGUAGGAAAAGUACUGUAUUUUAACGAAGAGGGUUUAGAGGAUUCUGUCAUUAUUGACAUACAAUGGUUUGUAGAUGCCUUUAAAAACAUCAUUACAGACAAACUUCACUUGGAUGGAAUACCUGUUACAAGGGGUGACUGGGAGGAGUACUAUCAUACUGGAUAUCUAAAGGAUGGUGUUCUUGAAGCAAUUUGGAAGCAUAAAGAUGAGGAAUUAGACAAACAACUGACAAAGCAUGAUAGCUUGGAUGACUCUGAUUUUCCGAAUGACGAGAUUUUUUUCAAUAUAAAAGAUCAAUCUCUGCGUCAGACAAGCGAAGGCAAUCUUCAAACCAUGCAAUAUUUCCAAAAUCAUCGAAAAAGUCUUUUGAAUUUUAUGGACAGACUUGGAUUAAUAGCCACUGGCUCAGAAUCUCAUUAUAUUCCGUGCAUGAACCGUAAAGAAUUUGACGAAAAAACUCAAAGGAAACUUUUUGAGAUAAAGAAAAAAUCUUCCAUUUUAGCCUUUCGGUUUAAUUUUCUGCCUUACUUUUUAUUCUUUCGUCUUGUUGUCGCCUGCAUGCACAAAGACGGAUGGAUUGUGCGCAAAAACCAAAAUAUACCUUGUCUUUACAGAAAUGCUGCUUUGUUUUCUUUUGAUGAUCAUCACAUUGCAAUUGCAGUUACAGUAACGUCCAUCCAGCUUCAGGUGUACCAACCAAUAUCCAGUCAAUCACUCGAUGUGCAAAAAGCUAAAGAUAUCCAAAGUUCUGUAGAGGAAAUGUUAAACAAAAUUUCAGCUACAUUUGAUAGAAAAAUUGACUUUGAGAAGGGUUUUAGCUGUAAAAAUGAAAAUGAGCAAUCAAUAGGAAUGGACAUUGAAGGACAUUUCAUUCAAGAGAAGGAUAUCGUACUUGGAGAAGAAGUCGUUUGUCCCAUUCAUCAUGGUAGUGAUUUACAUUCUAUUAACACGGAAAACCUAACAAAAUACUGGAGGAUUCACACAAGAUCCACAUAA